AUGUCUGGCGGAAACUUUGAGCUGGUCGCCAUCGGCAACCCGCUCCUCGACAUGCAGAUCCGCAAUGGCGAGGCGGUGCUGGAAAAGUACAACCUAAAGGCCAACGACGCCAUCCUGGCCGAGCCCCAGCACCUCUCCAUUUAUCAGCACAUCGUCGACAACUACGAAGUGACCUAUGUCGCCGGCGGUGCCGCACAGAACGCCGCCCGCUGCGCCCAGUACGCGCUGCCCCCGAACUCGACCGCUUACCUGGGCUGCGUCGGCAGCGACGACCUCGCCAACCAGCUGCGCGCCGCCAACGACAAGGAGGGCCUCAAGUCUGUCUACCAGGUCGACUCCUCGACCCCCACCGGCUCGUGCGCCGUCGUCCUCACCGGCCACGACCGAUCCCUCUGCACCAACCUCGGCGCGGCGGAAAAGUUCGACAAGUCGCACCUCGAGACCGCCGAGGCGCAGCAGGUCAUCAAGAAGGCCAAGUUCUUCUACAUGGGCGGCUUCUUCCUCACCCACGGCCUCGAGAGCGCAAAGGUGCUUGCCCACGAGGCAAAGGCGCGCGACGUGCCCUUUUCCAUGAACCUCUCGGCACCCUUUAUCCCGCAGUUUUUCAAGGCCCAGGUCGACGAGAUCCUGCCCUUCUCCGACCUCGUCUUUGGCAACGAGUCCGAGGCCGAGGCGUUUGCCGAGUCGCACAACCUCGGCACAAAGGACCUCGCCACCAUCGCUCAGGCCAUCGCCGACUUCGAGAGCGCCACCCCGCGCGCCGAGAAGCGCACCGUCGUCAUCACGCACGGCGCCGAGCCCACCAUUAUCGCCGUCAAGGGCAACAAGGAGACGCAGAUCCACCAGACGGUCAAGAUCAACCCCUCGGACAUUGUCGACACCAACGGCGCCGGCGACGCGUUUGCCGGCGGCGUCAUGGCUGCCCUGAUCAUGGGCAAGGCCCUCGACCAGGCCAUCGAUGUCGGGCACAAGCUUGGUCGCAUGUGCAUCGGCCAGGUCGGCCCCAUCCUCAAGUUCCCCAAGGAGCAGGUCAUGUAG